GCUCUCUAUUUGUAUGCCUAUAGUCGGCAUGGAAGUCAGCCGGUUUGUUUGUAAUGCUUCGCCAUUUCUGCAUAACCUCUAACCGUGAUAACUGAUGACUCGCUGAUGUAUUUAUGUAGUUCUACACCAACGUUCCAACAGACAGCUAGAUAAUGGCGUCAGGAUUAGAAAGCUAUGUGAAUCAUACAGUUUCCAUUAUUACGUCGGACGGUAGGAAUUUUAUUGGCACAUUGAAAGGUUUUGAUCAGACCAUUAAUAUAAUUCUGGAUGAAUCACAUGAGCGGGUAUACAGUACAACACAAGGAGUGGAGCAGGUCGUCUUAGGUUUACACAUUAUUAGAGGAGAUAACGUAGCGAUAGUAGGAGAGCUAGACGACGAGAUGGACGCGCGAUUGGAUCUAUCAGCAAUACGUGCUGACCCUCUAAGUUCUAUUAUACAUUGAUGUAUUUGAAAGCGUAGAUUAAAUCAUCGCUUAUUUUUUCUCGUUCAAAUUUCAUAUAAAAACAAUUGAGCGCAUUAGAACAAAAAAGAAUUACAACUUUUAAUAUAUAGGUUGUAUAUUGUACAAAAAUCUUUCAUUUCUCAUAUAUAGACACGUUUAUCAUAUAAUUGUAUUUUAAAAAGUGCACAGAGUUAAUACAGCGGUAUUUACAUCAUUGAAACAAACUAAACUUUACGUUUGAAUCAAUAAUUCUUGUCUGUACAAAAAUCUUGCUAUACAUAAUAUAGUAAACUUUACUGUUUACAAAUAUAAUUUGACUCUAUACCUAUAUAAUGUAGCAAUAUAUUAUAAUAAACAAAAUUAUGUAAAUUAA